AUGACGGACGCUACAAAAAGCGAACUUCCAAGUAACUUCAAAUUCUAAAGAUUCAAAAUUAACGGUUUCAGAAGAGCUUGAAUAUGAUGUUUCAUAUUCAAAAAUAGAUGUAAUCGAGAUGAUUGCAGCAGGUGACGUAGAAACCCGAGUUAGUUGAGAAAAAUGUCAUAUUCAAGUAGUUUUAUUUCAGGCGAAUGGGAAUUUUCCCAGUUUCCAUCAUAUUUAUGAUCACGACGGCUUGGACACGAGGCAUGUUCAGUGCAUAGCGUGUGGAAAAGUUCUUGCUAACAAAACCCGGGGAGGACAAUUCAAGUAUAUAAAAUAUUUGAGAUAAAAAAAAGUGAAGUUGUAGGCGUCACGUGAGGAGCACCUGUCGACGAAGGGAAAUUUUACAAAGUCCGGCUCCAAUGAUAGCUACUGGCGAGAAAACUCCUUCAGAAAGGAAAAAUAUUUUAGUUUACAGAUUACGAAAAGCUUAGAAGAGCGAUUACGGAAUAUGUGCUUGUCAGUGCGACGCCAUUUCAGCGAAUAGAAAAGGAGCCUUUCGUCAAUCUUAUAGUCCGAAUAGCAAAUACUUGGUGAGUUCUGGAAUGAAACGCAGUUUUCUACGUAUUUUCUUCUGCAGGAAUAUCGAUCUAGACAGGACUAGAUUGCCCAAAAGGAAAACUGUCACAGAAGACGUUCAAACAGCGGUAACAUCAAUGCUGAUGAGAGCAGCUGACGAGGUAUUUCUCACAAACAUCUGAACAGGUCUGAGUCUGAUUAACUUUUUUCAGGCAAGAAAUUUUGUCGACCAAGGCUUAUCAGCCAUCUGUCUUGAUGGUGGUCGGGACCAUCAAUCAGAUUUUCUAUCCGUGUACGUGGUGUACAUCGACGUAGAUGCCGGUUACACAACCAAAUGUUGCCCUAUUGGUUUGCGGUACUGCAACGCCGUCAAGAAAGAUGCGGCAACGGUACUAGAAUAAUUUGUUCUAUUUGGAUAAACUUCAUUUAAUUUUAGAUCAAGUCCUAUGUAGAUGAGAUUUUCGAAAAAAUCGGAUGGCCGACAGAUUUUUUAUCAAAAAUGUUUUGCAUUGCGGAUGGUGCUCAUGCGAUGAAACGAUUUGGAGAAAUCUUCUGUCGCGCAUGUUUGUAUAAUUUUUUUAAGACGAAAGAUAUAACAUUUUGAUUAAUUAAAUUGAAAAAUUGGUGGUAUGAAAAAAAAAAGGAAAAAUCGGAAAAAAAAAUAAAACUUUUCAGCCAAUUUACAUUUUUUUUACAGAUGUCCGGUGUUCUUCUCACGCAUUACAUCUGGUCGGUCACCAUACUGUGAAUCCCUAUCAUAAGACGAUGUCAAGACUGAUUCCACGCGAAAAGGAACUUCUGAAAGAAGCCCAGAAACUUUUCGAAGACGCCGAUAAGCUUGUGUCGGUGUUCCGCAACAACCGAGAGGUUUUGAAUUGAAAUUAGAUUUUAAAUUGGUGCAUAAAUUAUCAGGUUUCUUCUCGGUUGCAAAAAUUACCUGUGAAAGCUGCUCCAACUCGAUGGUUGAGCGUGCGGAAUUCGCUUACAGACCUCUUAGAUUCAAUUCCAACGGCUUAUUCUGUUCUCCACCUACUUCCAACAGAGCAGCAACGUUUAUUGCAAGACGUUGGGAAGAACAUUGAAGUUCUUCAAUUUCUCGUCGACAUCCUUGCUUUUUUGGAGAAGCCCAUCAUUCGAUUACAGGUGAGCAAAUUAUAAUAUAAAAUUUGAGUGUAUUUUCAGGCUUCUAAUACAAUUACACUGAACCUCGUGCCUUCAGUCUUCAAGGAAUUGGUCGACCGACUGGAGGAUAUCAUGAGUAAAGUAGCCGUCACCCAUGCCGAUUCCGAUAACGUUGAGGUUUCAUAUUUUGGAAUACUUUUGAAAUUUUUCCACUCAAUUCUUAUUAUUCAAAAAAUAGAAAAAAGUUUUUGUUCAUCUAAAAAUUGUUCUCAGCAAAUACAACUAACUAUGGAACUACUCGGUUUAUAGUGAAAACUAGGCCUGAAAAAUUUUUCUAAAUAGUUCUUUCUACCUUAUUUUUAUACUUUAAUACGAUCGCCUUGAAUAAUCCGGCUAUGAUAAACUCUGAAAGACUUUUUUUCAGCCAAAAGAAGGAGAAAAGCAGAAAUUUGAUAAUUUUCAAAAACCUUUUUCUCAGAAGCCUAUGGGGUUUAGCAUCGAAACGCGUACCCGAGUCCGAUUAGUCCCCUAGCAAACAGCAGCAAACUCUUCUUUAGCUUUUGCACCUCAUCGCGAAAUUGGCGCUGGAGGCUACGAUGCGCCAACAAUCUGAGACUGUACAAGGAGUGCACUUAGCCGCGGACUUCUUGUCUCCGCGUUUAAGAACUGUGCACAAACUUUCCGACGACGAAAGAGAUUCAGUUUUUUCUCUUGAUGAACUUCACUACUUUUAUUUAUUCGUUCUACAGGCGAUCGCGUGUCUCAAAAAGAUCGACUCAACGAUCCUCAGCGCUAAAGAGCUGCCUAAUGAAGAUCCAGUGCAUGCUCAAGAUGAUUUCAUCUCAAGUUUUUUUACGCUGUCCGCGCCCAGUAACCAUUCCUCCGUGCCUAAUUUGAUUGAUGAGAUCGUUCGUUUCGAAAGCCUGACAAGCAAUUUGGAUGCUAAUAUUUUCUGGCUCAGACAUCGAGAAACUUUCCCCCGUCUUUUCCUUGUUUCUCGCGUCAUUUUCUCUAUACCAGCAUCCGAAACAGCCAGCGAACGCAUGUUCAGCCGGUGUGUACGGAUCGCAGGCAAUCCCUUUCUCAUGAGAACAUAG